AACCCUUCACCCUUGUGGGGGAAGAUUUUCUAACCUUGUUUUGGGAGAAACAGUUGUAUAGUUUAAUAUUGUUUAGAUGAGAAAACUGCUGGGUUACUUCCAUUGAAAUAUAUUUCAGCCUUUCAAUACUUCCUUUCAUUUUACAAAGACAUCUGCAGCUAACUGCAUGUAUACUCCCUUUGCUGCUGUCUGUGAUGCUCAUUGGACGUGCAUGAGCAAUGCCUUGGAUAUAAUGGCACCCCACUCGAAAGCUUUCAGACCGGUUGUCUCUCAUGCAAGAGGCAGUUCUGUUCUGUAUUUCAUGUAAGGGCAAUCUUGGGACACAAUCAGUGCCUGCCUUCCAGUAGUCUGCCAGCUUGUAUGGUGUCCCUGGUAUUCUCUCUGACGCCGAAAGUGCUUUUGGCACUAAGCGGGUUUUAAUCAGCAGGCGAAAACAUUCAUGUACUGAGUGAAAUCCUCAAAGAAACAGCCUGUUCAGUCCUUGUGUGGCAUAUGAUCAAAGACAUCCCUCCUCUGCAAGAACUUUUUCAUUCAUUCCUUUCAUCAGUUGAUUGCCUUGUACUAAUCAGUACCCAGGGCUGAAGGGAGACUCUUAAUUUUUGUAUUGUUGUCCCAUUUGUUUUUUCUCUUAGUUAUGUACUGAUUACAUACACAGGAACUGAGGUCUUGCCUUUCUGGAGAACGUCAUUCUCAGUCUUAAGGUUUUCCUGAAACCUUUGCUUUAUGAUCAUGUAGCUCGGAUGUACAGUAUAGUGGCAUUGUGGUUGGUCUGGAAGUAACAAAAGACUGUAAUGGAAUGUAAUCUGGGGAAAUGGACUCUGAGAUACUAGUGCGGAGAGCAUGUCAAGCAUGAGCUGGGUCUAGAUACUGAGGUUAGUUUCAUGCACAAGUGUCUGAAUGAGGCUAGAACUGUUUGUUUGGCUAUUGUGUAGAUAAGACUGGAUCUGUGCACUGCGGCUAUCUCUUUUUUGUAGAUAAGACUGGAUCAGUAUGCUGGGGUUAUCUCUGUUGUGGGGGAGGUUGGAUCAGUGUGCUGAGGUUCUCUCUGUUGUGGGAGAGGUUGGAUCAGUGUGCUGGGUUAUCUCUGUUGUGGGAGAGGUUGGAUCAGUGAGCUGGGUUGUGGGAGAGGUUGUAUCAGUGUGCUGGGUUGUGGGAGAGGUUGGAUCAGUGUGCUGGGUUUAUCUGUUGGUGGAGAGGUUGGAUCAGUGUGCUGGGUUGUGGGAGAGGUUGGAUCAGUGUGCUGGGUUGUGGGAGAGGUUGGAUCAGUGUGCUGGGUUGUGGGAGAGGUUGGAUCAGUGUGCUGGGUUUAUCUGUUGGUGGAGAGGUUGGAUCAGUGAGCUGGGUUGUGGGAGAGGUUGGAUCAGUGAGCUGGGUUGUGGGAGAGGUUGUAUCAGUGUGCUGGGUUGUGGGAGAGGUUGGAUCAGUGUGCUGGGUUUAUCUGUUGGUGGAGAGGUUGGAUCAGUGUGCUGGUUUGUGGGAGAGGUUGGAUCAGUGAGCUGGGUUGUGGGAGAGGUUGUAUCAGUGUGCUGGGUUGUGGGAGAGGUUGGAUCAGUGUGCUGGGUUUAUCUGUUGGUGGAGAGGUUGGAUCAGUGUGCUGGGUUGUGGGAGAGGUUGGAUCAGUGAGCUGGGUUGUGGGAGAGGUU